AUGUCUUUCGACGAAGCUGACGAGAAUAUUCCACCUCCACCAACGUUAAAGGUAAGGUUUUGGAUCUUUUUAUUGUUUCUCAUUUUUAGGUAUGAAAAUGGUUUUACAGGAAAUUUGAGGAUACUUUUAUCUAAAGUUUCCUAGUGUUUGAGGUUAUAGUUAGGCAAAAUAACAAUUCUGUUUGACCUUGAGUUAUUUGGUUUUAAGUGUACCUAAAAUAUCUGUUGAUAGACGUUUUGGCUUUUAGGUAGAAAGUUGUUAUAGAAUAAUGUAACGAAUGGCUUUUUAAAUCUUUUGGCAAAUUUUUAGGUUUAUAUUAGGAGAAACAGCAAUUUUAUAGAGGCUUAGAUUGUUUUACAUGAGUUGACCUACAACAAUAUUUUUUAUAAACUUAUAUGUUUUUUCUUAAAAUAUUUAGAUAAAAAUAUAUUGACUAGAUCGAUAGAAAGUUUUUAAAAACAAAAAUUUGUAACUACAAGUUUCGGCCGACCAGUUGUUUAUCAUUUUAUUCAAAUUUCGUUAAAUUUGUGUAUUAAAUUGAGGAUUCUUUGAUGUUUUUACUUUUUAAAGUAAUGUUUUUCCUAACUUUGACAUCUAAAAUAAGUUUUAAAGCUUGUUUAAAUGUUUUCUAAUUAAAUUUCAAUGUUUCUAAGCUAACAUUACUUUUAGAACGACGCUGAAAUGAUGCUAGACCCGUCAGAACAGCCGACGACUUCAGCGUACGCGUCGGACGAAAGCCAAACCCCAACGUUUGAACACAAAUUCAGCUGGCCUGAGUUUAUGAAAGUUUGUGCAUCACUUCCAGCGACCUGCUCGAGGCUAGCAGCUCAUGCUGAACAUUUAGAGAAGACACUGGCUGAGGUAAUAUUCAGUCCAGGGACGCAAGUGAUGGUCGGGCAUUCGGCAGAUAUGAUUCCGGCUGUUAUGAAGAGUUUGGUUGGAGAUAUUGCUUAUGUCGAGUUUUAUGACGAAAAUUCAUCUGUUGAAGUGAAAGUUGACCAAUUGGUACUGGCUGUGACUCCAAUGCCGCUGAGUGGAUGGGCGUAAGUUUUUUGAUGGUUUUAUUGAUGUUUAGGUAUGAAAUUAGGAAAAAUAGUAUUGUAUGUUUAAAUGAGCUUAUAAUGGAGUAUGUUUGCUGAAAGUUUGGUUAUAAUAGCUUGAUUUUUGGCAAAGUUAUGAACCUCAUAAACCUACUAUAAUAUAGAGAACAUUUCAGAAAAGACAAUAUUGCCGGCAUUCCACACGCCCAAAUGGAGCGUCUCGAUCAAAAAGUGGUCGAUUUCAUUCAACCCGGUCACUUCUUCGAAUACAUUGAUCCACAGAAUCCUCAAACAGCUCGGAUUGUGAAGAUUAUCGAUAAUCGAAAUGGAUUUGUUCGUGGUGUAGAUGCUUCUGGAAAGCAAGUACGGACUUUUCUUAGCUGGGAACGAUGCAAAAGGAUUGGAUUCUCGUUAAUGACUGAUAAUGAGGGUGAAUUUCGGUUAGAGCCAUUCCCGGGAGCUACUAUUAAGACUACCACGCCGUGGUACGUGUUCUGCCGGUCGAAUUUUAGAAAACACAGCAUGGAGGUAAGAAUAAUAUUGAUUUUUAUUUUUUUUGGGUUUUUAGGCUUAAAAUUAAUUUUUUAGGCUUAAAAUUUAGUUUCUGAGCUCUAAAGUUCAGUUUUAAGCAUAAAAACUGUUUUUUUAAAUUGACGUUUAUAUCCUUCAGGUCGGCCACAUAGUCGAAGUGAUAGACCCCUUCACUCGCUUCCGAAUCCUCCCCGGUGUUGUAGUCGAAAUUAUCAACCGCUACUUCUACCGAGUUCAAGUAUUUCUACCACCAGACCUAAAAGACCACGAACCCUGCUUCAUGACCUUCCACAAGGGCUCAGCUGACGUGUUCCCAGCCAAUUUCGCUUCAAAACAUGGAAUGAGACUAACAGCACCAGCUGGUCACGAUGAAGCUAGUUUUACCAUCUACAAGAUCAAAGGACGGCCGGCUACGGACACACAGUUUGACAUACCAAAGAAUGUGGAACGUUUCGAAACUGGUCGACACGUUGAGGUUUUUGAUGAACAACAAGAAGUUUUUGUGCCGGCUACGAUUAUCAGACAACACAGACACUUACUGGUGCUGAGAUACGAACACGACGCUGCUAUGAGCCUUCCAAGGCUGUUUUCUUACUAGUAAGUGCAUGGGUUAUAUUUUUGAUCUUUAGGGUUUUAAGAAACAGCAAAUUGAUGAAUAAUACUAUAAGUUAAAGGUAUUUUAAGUAACGUUAAGUAGCAAAAGAAAAAUUUAAAUUUUGUCAAAUGUAAAGAACGUUAUUGCGGUUAAUGCUUCUUUAAUUUUCGUAUUUUACAAAAAAGUGCUGGUAUCAUGAACAAUAUUGAUGGUUUCUGUGAUUUGUGUAGUUGGAAAUUCGAAUUCAAUGGUUGUUUUGUGUAGCUAAGAUUCUGAGCUUUGAUUGUAAAAAGACAAUUUUAAAUUUUAAUAACUGUAAAGAAAGUUAUUGCGGGUUUUUUUCUUCUAAUGACUUGAAAAAAGGAAUUUUCGAUUUUUUUUGGGUCUUAUAGAUAAUAUUGUUGAUUUUAUAGUGUUUUUAAAUUGGAAACCAGCCUUAUUUGUUUUUAUUGUGUAGCUAAGAUUCUGAAUUUUAAACCUCGAAAGAAAAAUUUGAAUUUCGAAGGGUAUCAGAAAAGUUAUGGCAGUUUUCCUUUAAAAUUUUGUCCAAAAACGGCGAAAAUGUUGGUAUUUUGGAGUUUUUUGGACAUUUUUUAACUUUAUGACAUUUUGAAAUAUACUAUGACAUUUUUUAAAUAUUAUGAAUUUUUUUAAAUAUUAUGACAUUUUCAGUGACGAAAGGAUAUUCAAAUGCGGUGCAUCAGAAUACUACGGUCGCCCAUUGGCCAAAACCGUUUCCCAAUUCCAGCCAUGGCACGAGGAUAUUCAACUAAAACUCACUUCAAAGGUCUUGGAAGCUGAGAACUCGACCAGAUUUAUGUUGAAAGCUUUUGCCGACGCCAAACAGUUCAUACCUCGUCUGUACGUCAACUUUGACUGCUACAAAGGGCCAUUUCUACAUGCUCAGAAGGCGCUUCACUUGGAUUCGUCGUUCCCGCCAAGCCCUUUCCAGCCUUUGAUGUAUCAAAUUAUCAAUGACAUGUUGGAAGUGUUGUCCAAAACUGAAUACCAAAAACUGUGUGAAGCGUCGGUUCAUACUAGAGCUCCAACCUUUUCGAUCAAGUAAGUUUUUGAGGGAUCAAAUUUAUUUUUAGGCUUGAAUGUGGGUUAUAGGAUUGAAGUUAAUUUUUAGCCUUAAAAAUGAAAUUUUAGGCUUAAAAAUGAAGUUUAGGUUUAAAAAUUUUACUUUUAGGUUUAAACAUGUAUUUUAAGCUUAAAAAUGAAAUUUUAGGCUUAAAAAUGAACUUUAGGCUUAAAGAACAAUUUUAGGUUUGAAAAUGAUUUUUAGGCUUAAAAAUGAAAUUUUAGGCUUUAAGAUCAACUUUAGGCUUAAAAAUUAAAUUUUAGGUUUAAUUAUUGAUUUAUAGGCUUAAAGGUUAUUUUUCGGCGUGAAAAUUGAUUUUUAGGUUUAGAAAUGAAAUUUUAGGUAUAAUUUUUUUUGUGUCCAAUUCUCAACGAUACUCUGUCAUUAUUAUAUCUAUAACUUUAUAUAUUUCAGGUUGAUUCACCCAAAAUCGGACGUCCGCUCCCGUGUCUUCGAAGUCGAAGUCUGCGAAACCGCGGCCGAAUUCUCGGGCUGGCUCCGGCAAUUCCUCCUCAAAUACGACAUUUGCCCCAACUUUAUCUCCGCACUCAAACUUGCCCCAGGUCAACUAUGUCCAUAUCACUGUGAACAGAUUUCUCACCUACCUCAAACCAAAAAUGGCAUUCAUCUGAACAUCCCGAAUGCUGUGUCGAAGACUGAUGAAAUGCGAGCACGUCGAAUGAACUUGCAAACGAACGUGAACGCCAAUCCAAGGAAACGUGAGAAUCCGGAUAAACAGAUUCAGAAGACGGCGGCCGAGUUCACCGACUUGGAUCAACCGUUGCCGUUGAGGAGGACGAGAAGAAACAUCAUUCCGACCAAAAGAAAGGAAAUGCAGGAUGAAAUGGCCGACAAUUUGAAGCAGGUAGGGUGGAUUUUGAAGUUUUUUUUGGCUUGUGUGUGUUUGGCAGUGUGUGUUGUGUUUGUGAUGGGUAGGGGGCGUGGAUUUGAUUUGUCAAGGGUAAGGAGAAAAAAUUGGGUUGGUACUAUAGAGUACUUUGAGCAAAAGAAAAAAUUGUAAAAAUACUAUUCAGUACGUUGAGUUUCGAGAGGGAGGAUGAAGGGCGUGGUAUUUUCUCUUAUCACUGUCCCUACUUCUAGCUUUACCUUCACCCUUGUUAUAAUUUUAGUGCGCAAAAAGUUCUGUUACAAGGUGCGCAAAAAGUUCUGUUACAAAACUUUACUUUUAACUUGGCCUUACCUCUACGCCUUUAGUUUUUCUUUUUAGCCAGUUUUUUUUGAUAGUCCGUAUGAAUUUAAAAAGUCUCAAAAUAUAAGCCUAGAUAACCUUUUUUAAUCAAAACUUACACAUUAUAUGGUCUGUCUAAUCACGUCUUUUCGGUUAAGUUCACGAGAAGCCGUUGGGCCGCCUCCCACGCCCUGGUCUGUCAACUGGCCGAAGCUCAAGUCCCAAUCGAUCGAAUUCAAGAACAAGUCAAGUCUGUCUUUCCCAACUCCGUACCCACCAUGAAGCGUCUCGAACUUUGGAUACAAGACAUGGAAAUUGUCAUCGCCGAGCCGGGGGAACGCAAAAGCACCAGACUCGAACAGAGGGCAGUGGAGCAGAUCGUGGAUGAUGUAAGGGAUCGCUUCACACCGCUGAGGAGGAGAAGAAUGAAAAGACAACGUUAGGCUUAGAAUUAGGUUUUAUUAGGCUAAAAAUGAAUUUUUAUUUUUGGUGACUUUUUUAUGCUUAAAGUUAGUUUUUGGGCUUAGAAUUAAGAUUAUAAUUGAUUUUUGAUUUUUAGGCUUAAAAAUUAACUUUAGGCUUAAAAAUGAAAUUUUAGGCUUAAAAGUGAAAUUUAGGUUUAGAAAUGAAAUUUUAGGCUUAAAAAUGAAAUUUUAGGCUUAGGAAUGAAUUUUAGGUUUAAAAAUGACGUUUUAGGCUUAAAAAUAAAAUUUUAGACUUAAAAAUGACAUUUUAGGCUUAGAAGUGUAACUUUAGGCUUAGAAACGAAGUUUUGGGCUUAGAAAUUGAAAUUUAGGCUAAGAACUUAAAAAUUUGGCUAACUUUAGGUUUUUUGGCUAAAAUAGUUAUUUUUUGCUAAAUUUUAAUUUUUUUUUCAAUUUUACACAUCAUUUUCGUACCAAUUACUUUAAUAUUGUCUAAUACCUAUAUUGUUAUACAUUUUUAGUCUUAUUAAUAAUAAAUAAUAAUAAUUGUUGUUAAUGAAGUCUUUUUUCGUAAAUUUUAUAGUAUUCAUACUAUUUUAUCUUAUUGUUUUUAAUUUUUUUUUCUAAUUUAAAGGCAAUUUUUAUAAGGUUAUGGGCCUAAAAAUGGCCAAAAGUUUUUUAAAAGUUUAAUUUUUCGAACCUUUUUGAUUAUUUUUAAGGCGUUUUUUGGCUUUUUGUAGUGAGAAGAAUGCAUAUUUUUCAGUUUUUUAGGGUUUUAUCUAAACUUUUUUGUUAUUUUUGCUGAAGUUUGUUACCUUUUUAACUAAAAUAUUGUAUUUUCAGUACUUCAAAGAGAAGAGAAAGCGCGAAGCCUCCUCAGCCAACUCAGAUGAACCUUUAAAACGUCGCUCCAAGAACGGUCGAAUCCUCCCGGACCAGCGAAAGGCCGACUCCCAGCCACCACAGAAUGAUCUGAUCGAAAUGGCAGACAAAAUCGAUCUGAAACGACUGGCACCAGAACAAGCAAUCCGCCUCAACCCAACCGGUCCUCGAGUUCUGAUGCCAAAAGGUCAUUCAGCAUCAAGCUCGACAUCUCCACCAUCGUUGUCAAGGUCACCCAGUGUGAUGUCGAAGCUGCCAAGUCCGGAGGGAAGGGUAUCGCCCACGGAACAUCAAAAGAUUUGCCAAAAGCUGGGGAUUGGAGAGAAUGAAGAACCGAGGGAAUGGACCACACAGAGACUGGUGCAGGUGGUACGGAAGGCUAAACUGGAUGCUGUCGCUGAUUUCUUGGAGAAUGAGGUAAGGGUUUGUGGGAUUGGAGGCUGUAUAGCGGGUUUUUAUGAGGUUUUUAAGGUACUUUAUGUUGUUUUUGAGGUACUUUAUGUUCUUUUUGAAGAGUUUAUGUUCUUUCUGAGGUACUUUAUAAUGUUUUUGAGGUAUUUUAUGUUGUUUUUGAGGUACUUCAUAUUGUUUUUGAGGUACUUUAUGUUGUUUUUGAGGUGCUUUGUGUUAUUUUUGAGAUACUUUAUGGUGUUUUAAAGGCAUUUUAUGUUGUUUUAGGUAACAAAACUUGAUUAUUUAUCAAAAUCUUUGAUUUUGUUACCUAAAAUUUAGCGAAAAAUGCCUAAAAAUUGAAGAAGAAGCACUAAAGUCUAAAGAAAAAUGCCUAAAACAAUAUAAUUUUAAUAUAUCUUUCCUAAACAUUCACUUUUUCAGGAAUUUGAUGGUGAAUCCUUCUUCUUGCUAUCAGAAGAAGACUUCAAAGACCGUGUCCAACUCAAGACUGGCCCAUUGAUCAAGACCAUGAGGCUACUGGCUGAUCUGAAGGCUUUGUCACCAGAUAUGCCCAACUUGGGGUCGUCGUGA